CAACAUACCUUUGAUGCCACAUCAACAACAAUCUUAUCCUCUACUGUGAUGUCAAAUUCAAGAAGUAAUAUAGAAACAUCUGAUACAUCAACCACAACAGCAGAUCAAAUCACAACAGCUGCUUGGACAACAAGUUUUGAUGCCACAUCCACCUCACCUGUAUUCUCAACUGUUGAGUCAACCUCUACACAUAUUGAAGAAAACGUUACUUUAUCACCUGAUACAUCAACCACAGAUGCAGCUCAAACCACAACAACGGCUGGGUCAACAACAAAAACCUAUGAUGGCACAAUUGUAUCCUCAAAUGCUGAAUCAACAUCAACAGAUCCAGUCACAGUAACUGCAGUAACUUAUACAGAAAAAAACACAGCUCAAUCCAUAACAACUGCUGGAUCAGCAACAGUAACUUUUGAUUCCAGAUCCACCUCAUUAGUAUCCUCAACUGUGGAGUCAACCUCAACAAAUAAUAGAGAAACAACGACUACAGCACUUGAUUUAGCAACAAGAGCAAUGCCUGAACUCAUAACAGCUGCUGGGGCAACCACAUCUUUUAAUGCCACUUCUUCCUCACCCAUUUUCUCAUCUGUUCAGCCAGUCCUUACAAGUGAUGUAAAAACAAUGACUUUGGCACCUGAUACAUCAACAACAACUACAGCUCAAUUCACAACAGCUGCCAGGGCAUCAAAAGCAACAACCUUUGGUGCCACAUACACAUCAUUAGUAUCCUCAACUGUGGAGACAACUUCAACAAGUAAUACAGAAACUGUUUUUUUGGCACCAGACACAACUAUAGCUCAAUUAACAACAGCUGCUGGGUCAGUAACAAAAACAGCUUCUGCUACCACAUCCACCUCAUGGGUGUCCUCAACUGUGGAGUCAACUUCAGCAAAUACCUCAGAAACAAUGACUACAGCACCUGAUACAGCAACUGGAACUGUGUCCGAAUCCACAACAGCCACUGGGGUAACAACAACAUCUUAUGAUGUCACAUCCACCUCACCAGUUUUCUCAACUUUAGGAUCUCAAUCAAAAAUAAAUGCAGACACAAUGUCUUUAGGACCUGAUACACAAACCACAACUACAACUCAAUCCUCAACAUCUUCUGGAGCAGCAGCAGUAACAACCUUUGAUGUCAAUUCCACAUCAAUGUUAUCCUCUACUGUGGUGUCAAAUUCAACAAGUACGAUAGAAACAUCUGAUACAACAACCACAGCUGCAGAUCAAACCACAACAGCUGCUGGGACAACACGUUUUGAUGCCACAUCCACCUCAGCAAAAUUCACAACUGUUAAGUCAAACUCUACAAGUACUGUGGAAACUGUUUCUUUAACACCUAAUAACACCACAGCUGCAGCUCAAACCACAGCAACUGUUGGGGCAACACCAAAAACCUUUGAUGGUACAUCCACCUCAUCACUUUCCUCAAUUGUAGAAUUGACCUCAACAACUGAGACAGACACUGUAACUACAGCACCUGAUACAGAAACAACUACAGCCCAUGCCACAACAACUUCUGGGGCAGCAACAAUAAAUUUUGACUUCACUUCCACCUCAUCGGUAUCAUCAACUAUGGAGUCAACCUCAACAAGUACAGCAGAAACAAUGACUACAACACUUGAUUUAGCAACAAGAGCUAUGCCUGAAACCAUAACAGCUGCUGAGACAACAAUGCCUUCUGAUGCCACGUCCACCUCAUCUGUAUCUUCAUCUGUGGGGUCAACCUCAACAAGUAAUUCAGAAACAAUGACUUCUGCUUAUGCCUUUCCAACCACAAGUAACAAAACAGCUGCUGGAGUAGCAUUAACCUAUAAUACCCUAUCCACCUCAUCAGUGUCCUCAAUUGUGGAUUCAACUUCAAUAACUAAUGCAGACACAACAACUACAGCACUUGAUACAACAAAUACAACUAUGACUGAAACCACAACAACAGCGGAGGCAACAACAUUACGUAAUGGGGAUGUUAGCAUAGCAGUUGCUCCAGUAACAACUGCUGAUGCAACAUCACAAAGUUUAAAUGCACCAACCACAACUUUUCCUGAAACAAAGUUUGAUGCAACCACAAAAAAUUUAGAGGCAGCAGCCACUUCUCCAAAAUUCUCAAAUAUGGAAUGGACUUCAGCAACUUAUCCAGUCAACACAACUAUGGUUGAAACAAUACUAGACCUUUCAAAAACAACCACCAGUGCAACAACAACUAUUUUUGAUGCACAAACCACCUCUUUACCACUACCAACUGUUGCACAAACAUUAGCUCAUGUAACAACCACAACUCUGCCGGCCAACACAGCUUUUGCUGCAACCACAACAAAUACGGACAUUUCAACUUUUCCAAAAAUCUCAACUGCUGCACCAAAAACAACAUCUGAUGAAGCAUCCACAACUACAAUUGAGCCUUUUUUAACUAAUCAUACAACACUGGCACAUUUGGCAGCCACACCCACCUAUACAGCAUCCUCAACUUCAGAAACAACAUCUACAAUUGAUGCACCAACCACCACUAUGUCUGAACCAGUAACAAAUAUUAGUGUAACAGCAGGUUUGGAUACCACAACAACAUUUUCAGCACCCUCAGGUAUAGCAUCAAAGUUAACAGAUGCUGCAACUGUUCUUGUGAACACAACAACAACUUUAGAUGCCGCAGCUACUAUUUCACCAUCCUCAAAUGCAACUGAAAUGUCAGCAACUCAUCCUGCAACCAUAGCAAUACCAGUAAACACAACUAAUGAUGAUACAUCAACAGCUUUGGAUGAUACAACCACUCAAAUAUCCUCAACAGAAGCACCAAUUUCAACUACAGAUGAAGCAACCACAGUUACAACUGAAACCACAACUUAUAUUGGUGGAACAACAAUAACUUUGAAUGCCACAAUUAAUCCAUCUGUAUUUUCGACAACCAUUAGUGCAACAACUUUGGCUGAAGAAAGCAACCUUCCAUCAGCUUUAAAUGAAACAGAGAUGUCGACAACUAAUGCAUCAAUUACAACUGUGCCUGAAACUACAACAAACCUUCAAACAACAACUUCAGAUAAAGGAUUAUCCAAUUUUGCUGUAACAACAAGACCUGAAACAUCCUCAUUUCCAACAACUAAUUCUAAAAUCACUACAGAAAUUGGUUUCACAACAACACCUUCAACCACACUUAAAUCUUCAUCAACGAUUGCUCCACAAUCAACAACAGAUGUGGCAACAACUUCAGUCCAACCAACAACAUCUGGUCUUAAAUUAAAUACAAAUUCUCCAACCUCCUCACCAUUAACACCAAUGUUGGCAACUGAAUCAGCAACCACAACUAUGUCUGAAACCACAUCAGCUAUUAGUGUGGCAACCGAAACUUUGGAUACUAACAAUACAUUGGCUACAAAUCCACCAACAACUACUAUUUUGGCUGAAACCAUUUUACCUCCUACAACUACUGCCACAACGACAACUCCAGUUCCAGUAACUCAAAAUCCCAUAGAAGCACCAACUGUGAUUGGGACAGUGAUCAUUUACAUCCAGCUCAUAUUCGUCACACUGGGCCCCAUACCAAGCGAGAAUACAAUAAUGCAGUUGGUUAACUCUAUGCUGGACUCACGUUUCAGAAUCAAACGAGAUGUAGGAGCACAAAGCCUGAACACCCCUGUGAGCAUUGUGAAUGUUACUUAUACAAAAAUUUCUGACAAAUCAUAUGCCCUGAAUUUUGGAUUUGGAAUCGCCAAUGUUUCCAUGUCUGAGAAAAUUGAACUCAGGAAUGAAACAUACAAGUUAAUCCAGGAGUCUGUAAAUAAACUGCUGAACCAAAUCCUAAAUAACCCCACAGCCACUCCAUUUGUGUUCAAAAAUGUCAAUUUCACGGGUAAUUCCACCUCUAUCCAGGCAAGUGUGUACUAUGUAUUCUCAGAAAGUGACAUCACACAACCCAACGCCUUUAUUAGUGCCCUUCUUGUGGUUAACAAAGAUGCAGUUACCACACCUCCACCAACAACCACCACCUAUUACUCCAUAGUGCUGAACACUACAGUCCCAAGCAACAGCACAAAUGCAGCAUGGGUUGUGGCCAUAAUUGUACCCUGUGCAAUCGUUAUCAUCCUCGUACCUUGCUGGAUUCUACUGUGUUGUUUGCUCUGUGGUUGCUGCACAUCAAUAAGACGACGAUGGCGCAGAAGAAGAGGCUCAUACAAUCUGCAACACACAGCCCAAACCAGCUUCUUAUAGACAACUGGAGAACAAUUUCAAGAAGAGGAAUACAUCAUGACAAAAUUAAUUACACUGAUCACUUCUGUUUUUUUCUAUAAUGAAUACGCUAUCUUUUUAAUUGUAAAAUGCACUAUUUAUUUAUUGUAUCAAUUUUGCUGUACAGACGUGCUCCUAAAUUUUCAUAAAUGUAAUUUAUUUUCAGAAUUGUAUUACCCAGUAAUUAAAUGUAUUUAAUAAGAGUGUGAGGUUCAACCUCUGUAAAUUUUAGAACCAUUACUCCCUAAUUAAUUUAUUUGACAUUACUCAUUUCAUUUCAUGGGGCUAUAUUGAUUGUGUUUAACUUAUUUACAAUUAGAUUAACUUUAUUUUUGUGUAACUCAAAAAAGUCAUUGUGUGCUUAUAAAUGUAAAAUAAUAUA